AUGACAAACUAUUUUCGUCAUAUUCCUCUCACGGAUAGCAGCUUGAAUGCUGCAAAUAACGAGCUAUGUCAAGAGAUCAAACGACGACAGCAAGAUUUCAUGAAAGCUUUUAAUGCUGGCGAUGCUGCUGGAGCUGCCAAUGUGUAUGACCCGAACGGAUACUUCAUGCCAAACGGGACGUCCCCAGUGAAAGGAAGAGCUGGUAUCGAAGCUUUCUUCAGAAAAGAUAUGGCCGAAGGUGUUCAAACAGCCCAGAUCAUAACUGAAGAAGUUAACGGCAGUGGGGAUUGGGCUUUCGAACGUGGCAGUUACCAUUUAGACGGCACUCGCGGUUAUGAAAGUGGUGCAUAUCUCCAAGUUUGGAAAAAGGUGGAAGGUGAAUGGUUAAUACAUAACGAUUGUUUCAAUAUUAUAAGGACGAAUAGUUAA